GGCAGAGACAGAGACACAGAUAGAGAUAGAGAGAGAGAGAGAGCUGCUGACAAGCGAGGUCACAUCGCACAGCGUCUCAGCCCAGCCACCCGGAAAGAGGCGACUCCUCGCUCGCAGCGCCCCAUUUGCUCCACAACCCACGCGGUGCCACAUCGCUGCCAAGCAUGAUAAAGAAGAUGUCCCCGUCCGACAGCCACUUCGACAUCCCCGCCAAGAACUGCCACAGGAUGGUGAUUCUGGGCUCCACCAAGGUCGGCAAGACGGCCAUCAUCUCCCGGUUUCUGAACGAGAGGUUCGACGACCAGUACACGCCGACCAUCGAGGACUUCCACAGGAAAUUCUACAGCAUCAGGGGGGACGUGUAUCAGCUGGACAUUUUGGACACCUCCGGGAACCACCCCUUCCCUGCCAUGAGGAGACUCUCUAUUCUAACUGGCGACGUCUUCAUCUUGGUGUUCAGCCUGGAUAAUAAAGAGUCCUUCCUGGAGGUGCAGCGCCUGAAGCGGCAGAUUUACGAGACCAAGUCGUGCCUCAAAAACAAAACCAAGGAGAACGUGGACGUCCCCCUCGUCAUCUGCGGCAACAAGUGCGACCGGGAUUUUUACCGGGAGGUGCAGGAGGAGGAGGUGGAGCGGCUGAUCGCCGGCGGGGACGAGCAGUGCGCCUACUUCGAGAUCUCGGCGAAACGGAACACUAACGUGGACCAGAUGUUCCAGACGCUGUUCACCAUGGCCAAGCUGCCCAGCGAGAUGAGCCCCGACCGACACCGCAACGUCUCCCAGCAGCACUGCGAGGUGCUGCACAGGAAGUCCUUCAGGGGCAAGAAGCUGAAGGACGGCGACGCGUUCGGCAUCGUGGCGCCCUUCGCGCGGCGGCCGAGCGUGCACAGUGACUUGAUGUACAUCAAGGAGAAGGCCGUCGGGGGCAGUCAGGCGAAGGAGCGGGGCUGCGUCAUAUGCUGAGAGACGUUUGGCGGUGGAGACUUGUUACCGACACUUUGUAAACACGCACACACGCCCGGCGGGCGGGCACGACACCGCCUCGGGGCGGGGCGGGACGGACGCGCUCGGGGCCGGGAUCGCAACGCGCGCCGAGCAGCGCGGGCAGCUGACACGAGCGGAGAAGUGCCUGAGCUGCUGGCCCUGUGGUGUAGCGGCACGCCGGCGGAGCCACAGAUGAUGUGAAUGUGCUGUAGAUUCUCCUGAGAAUGUAUUGGGGGGGGGGGGGGUGGCAUUUGCGGAAGAAAAAAAAAUGUUUACAUUUUGCUAUGUUUUUAAAAAAAAACGAGACGGAACUUGAAUUGAUUGUUGCAUUAUGAACAAAAAUUGUUUCUGAAUGUAUAUUUAUUAUGGCUUUACUUUUGCAUAAAAAAAGUGAAAAAUAAAACGUAUUGAU